UUGUUGUGACAAAACAAAACAGCAAAAUUUUGAAAUAAUAAAUAAUCUAUUUAAAAAAGCACAACGGCAAGCACCGUUAUUUUUUAUUUCGUUUUCUUUGUUGAGUUUUGCAUCUUGAAGCAGUUGCAUAUAUAAUUGAUAUACUUCACGAUUUGUGGAAAUUAUGGAGAGAAAUUCUAUCACUGCGAAUGAAAUCCCAGCCGUAAUCGAGUCUUAUUCUCCUGAGAUUGAUAAUGAUGGUGAUAUGCCAGGCGAAGAGUGUGACACUUUUCCAGAUGGCAAUAUUACCAACAGUAUGAACUCGCAAUAUGAUCUUAUGGAAAGUGGUAAAGUUGCUGGAUCCAAGAAGAGGGGUUUUCGUGGAGACAGCUUCCGAAAUUUCAGCACUGCAUCGUUAAGUGUAUCUAUGCUGGCUAAACCAUCAGACGAUCGAAAAGCAAAUGCUUUUUUAGCUGGCUGGAAUGUUAGCAAUCUUAUCCAAGGUACAGGAAUCCUUGGUGUUCCUUACGCAGUACAACAAGGAGGAUGGGCCGCUGUUGCCGCAAUAUUUGUUGUUGCUUUACUUUGUUGCCAUACGGGAAAGUUGUUGAUUGAUUGCAUGUACGAAACAUCUAAGAAAACAGGAAUAUCGCGUCGUUUAAGAGUAAAUUAUCCUGAAGUUGCAGAAGCAGUAAUGGGAAGGAAGGGACAUAUCUUAGUCAGUAUUGUGCAGACUGUUGAAAUGUUUGGUGGGGUCACAAUGUAUAUCAUAUUGUUGGGCACUGCUUGGGCUGACAUGUUUCAAAGCAUGACAGGACUUGGACUUAAAGAAUGGGCAGCUAUCAAUUGUUGUGCCGCAUUGCCCUCUUUAUUUAUCACAAAAAUGUCCAUUGUGUCCUGGUUGAGUAUGUUGUCAGUAUUUUCCUUAAUGGCAGCUUUGCUAGUGUUGAUUUCAUUUUGCUUUACUCAAGUACCUGUAUGGAAUAUUUCAAACAUACCAAAUUUCAACCCCCAAACAUUUCCUAUUGGUUUUGGUAUAAUAGUUUUUUCCUAUUGUGCACAUGCUGUAUUUCCAAGUAUUGAAGGAUCAAUGAAGAAGCCACAGCAAUUCAAUUCUAUGUUGAAUUAUUCUUUCUUAUUGGCAGCGAUAAUUAAAGGAGCAUUAGGUGCCUUCAUGGUAUUGACAUUUGGGCACUCGACUAACGAAGUCGCGACCGUCAAUCUUUUUAAUCAUCCGUAUUUUAGCAAGGUUGCUACAGCUCUCGUUAUAUCAAAUGUGUUGCUGGCUGUUCCACUUGGAAUGUUCGUGGUGAGUGUAACGUUUGAUGAUGCGUUUUUAAAAUAUUUCCCCCACGUAAAUCGAGACACGAAAUACCACUGGAUUUGGCUUUUAAUAUCCAGACCAUUACUGCUCACGUUCGCCUUAUUUCUGGCAAUCAACGUGCCACAUUUUGGACUACUCAUGGGUGUGAUAGGCAGUUUUACAGGCACUUGUUUAUGCUUUAUAUUUCCGUGUUAUUUUCACAUGAAGCUCAAGUGGAAUUCAAUAAAAAGAUGGGAAUUUUUUCUAGAAGUCUUUAUUAUGAUUUUUGGCGUGAUAGCUGGUGGUCUUGGGCUUGCGUUCUCUAUGAAAGCUCUUGUACUCACAUAUUUGUGAAAACAUGAUAAUUCCCUGAGAUAAAAAACAAAAUAACACAAAUAACAGUGGUGCCAUAUUAUAAAUUAAAAACACGCUGUUUGUAAUGUUUGACCAAAUUUUUAGUUUUUCAGUGAUAGACAAACAUUUUCAUAAAGCCUCAAAUAUUUCUUUCGUAAAAUGGCAUAAAAACAUAUUUACUUUGCACAUAAUUGUGUAAUUUGAUUUCGUAGACCGCAAUAACUAAAUCAUGUUUAAGAUGCGCGCAGAUUGCAAAACAUACACGAUUGCACAGAAUCGAACACAGUCGAACACAGUCUUUUUUAUGAGCAUGUACGACAAAAGUUGAUAUUAUAUGCUUUUAGAUUUUUUUUAAUGAUUUUACAGAUCUUGUAAAUAAAUGUUUUGUACAAUAUAUAGUAUUUUAAACAAAGAAUGCAUACAGUACUUAAUUUUAAAAAUUAAUAUACCUGAAGUUGAAUAAUCUUUGCGAAGAAUUAUUUUCGCGAAGACCAAAAAAUACAUUUCACGCAGAAUUUGUGAAGAUAAUUCAUAGAUAUCCAUCCUCGUAAUGGAUUUUAAGCAACCUACCUAUACAAACACUACACCAACAUAUGCUUGUUUAACCGUAAUAGCUUUAACUCAGCUAUAACUGUUAAAAAGAAGACUUACUUGAUUAGUCCCCUGACUGAGACAGGCCCAUUGCACCGCCAUUGCUCCUUAUAUUUUGGGAAAGAUUGUAUUCCUUUUGAAAAAUGUUGGAAAGCAUUGUCUCUUUCUUUAAUGUAGUUUUUAUCAUUUUUAGCUAAUCUACUCUCUGACAGUGUGGGAAAACACCAAAUUUUAGGAUAUAUAAUCAGCUAUAAACAGGAAAUAUUUCAAUUUUCUAACAAAGAAGUCUAAAUAAAUUUAAGUCGUUGAGUCGAAAGGAGAUAUGAUCACACAACUUGAAUGAAAAGGUACUUCCCCCAGAUCUAAGAAUGAGAAUCCAGCUAUGUCAAUUUAUCAACACUCUCUCCAACUAUGAAUCUGUAAUAUAUAUUCUUACUAAAAAAUUAAAAAGCAUCGUUCUUUCAGAAUCUUUAGAGUAAGGCCUAAAAGUCUAAUAUAUCCUCCUGACUGUGUAAAUCGAGCCCUUUCCUACCUCCUAAACUAUUUCUGAUGUGUCUAAAGUUGAACCUUCUAUAAUAGUUUAUUUUUGCACUCUUCUUGGGCCUCUUCUUCACUAUCUUAUUCGUACUUAUUUUAAGAACUUGACCCUCAACUUUAAUUUAUAAUCGAAAUACAUGUUUUUGUUGCAUAUUUGACGUUACGAAAUUCGGAGUUAAAAGAAAAGCAUAUCAAAAAAAUAAGAGAUCGUCUUAAUAUGUCAGAUGCAUGACGAAUGUUACGAAUUGAAAAAAAGAUGGAAAUAUGACACUAGCCUGCUGCACAUGUCAGAAAGAACUGUGGUAAACACUUACUUAGCAGUGCGAAAUGGAUUUGCAGGAAAUAUUAACCUUGAUCCCAGGACCAGUUGUGUCUAUUUAUGCAUCUGCCUAUAAGCACAGUGUCGGCGAGAGACGAAAAGAUCUGUUAAUAAAGUUGAUUGAAUAUAUAAUGGGUAUAUAAUCUUAUUGGUCUACACAUAUAGUUGGACUUUAAGAAGAAUCUUAUGGCAGGCUGCAGGUAUUGUUGUGUUUGUCUUUGAGAAGUACAAGUUCUCCACAAAUUUACUAAAAAGGAGUAAAAGGGUUCGGAUCCUAUAAUCCACCCUCGUCGCAAGGGUUUUUUGCCUUUUUAAUAUGAGACCCUGGGGACGAGGGUGUACUUUAAUCGACGUUAGUAGUUAGCUACAAACUACACUAAUUUUUAAAUAAGAAAAAAGUUAUACAAACAAUAAGGCUGGAAAUGGGUAAAAAAAUAAGAACAAGGGUUCGGUUUUGCCGAAUUUUUCUUUUUAGUGAAAAAUAUAAAAAAAAAGUUGAUAUGCAUACGUAAAUUUUUUAAAGAAUCAGGUGU